AUGGAAAUCACUUCGAUUCCGUUUUUGAAUUCAGAAGAGUACUCCUUUUUCUACAGUUGCUUCCAAGAUACCGACACCGAUAACGGAAAUUCUAUCAAUAAAAGACGAAAGCUUGAUGAAUUCGAUGAAGAAAGCAACUCCUUGGACGAAAUCCUCAACACCAUUGAAGUUCUCAACGAUCAUGAGAUACCCACUUCCAAAUUCGAACCACCCACUUCAAAAUCUGAAACACCCAAUUGGGAUUUUGAGAAUCCAGGUUCUGAAAUAGCGGAUUGGGAUCGGGGAAGGGUGAGGAAAACGAGAAAUCCGACACCGGAGGUACCGACGGAGGAUGGCGGGAGAGGUGGUGGACACCAACGGAGGUUAUGGGUGAAAGAGAGGUCAAAAGGGUGGUGGAAGUAUCACAAUAGCGAUCAAUGUCCAGACGAUGAGUUUCGAAAAGCAUUUAGAAUGAGUAAAUCGACGUUUAACAUGAUCUGCGACGAGUUAGACUCAGUCAUCAAUAAAAAAGACACGAUGCUUCGUAUGGCGAUCCCUGUUCGCCACCGAGUUGCCGUCUGCAUCUACCGUUUAGCCACCGGCGACCCACUCCGAACAGUGUCGACGCUAUUCGGACUCGGAAUAUCCACCUGUCACAAACUAGUCCUUGAAGUCUGUGCUGCAAUUGGAACUGUUCUAAUGCCCAAAUUCGUUCAAUGGCCGGAUCAAGAAAGGGUAAAAGAAAUCAAAACCGAAUUCCGAUCAAUCUCCGGCAUCCCUGAUGUAUGUGGGUCAAUCUACACGACCCAUAUAUCAAUAAUCGCCCCGAAAACAAGCCCGGAAGCAUACUUCAACAAAAAACACACUGAUCGAAAUCAAAAACCAUCAUAUUCGACAACAGUUCAAGGUGUGGUUGAUCCUAGAGGUGUGUUCACAGAUAUCUGUAUUGGGUAUCCAGGGUCGAUGCCCGAUGAACGAAUCUUGGAGAAAUCGGCAUUAUCUCAUAGAGCCAACAUGGGUCUGUUGAAGAACACAUGGGUAGUUGGUGGGUCGGGUUACCCGUUAAAAGAGUGGAUGUUAGUACCCUAUACACACCAAAAUCUUACAUGGAGUCAACAUUCGUUUAACCAAAGAGUUGGGGAAUUGACUAAGAUUGGUAAAGAAGCAUUCAUGAGGUUAAAAGGGAGAUGGGGUUGUUUACAGAAAAGGUCAGAGGUGAAAUUACAAGAAUUGCCCAUGGUGUUAGGGGCAUGUUGUGUCUUGCAUAAUAUUUGUGAGAUGAAUGGUGAGGAAAUGGAUGUGGAUUUGAGGUUUGAUUUGUAUGAUGAUGAGGUGGUGUUGGGGGAGGGUAGCAGGGAUAUUUUGGUAAAGUCACUUCAAGCUCGAGAUAGUAUUGCUCAUAAUUUGUUGCAUGGAGUAUAG